GAGAGCAGUGAGGCUGUGGGAGUUUAAAUUGGAGGAUUUUGAAGAAGAGGAAGCCAAACCUCUUCUAAGGCUGGUAUGGGCAGUGAACGUCAUCAAUAAAAUGAGGGAUGCUGAAUUUCAAGCUAGAAUGCUUCUUCGGUUCCCAGAGGCCAUACCUCCUAAAUUUCAACCACCUAAACUCCUCAGCGUGGUGAAGGAUUACAUUGAAAUCCUGAAAAAGAAGCAGCAGGAACAGCAUAACAGCAAAUUGCUCACCGCGCAGGAGGUAGUGAUCGAGGUAGUUCCCCGCGUUCUCCAGGGCUUCUGGGAGCUUCCUCCUCGUCCCCUCCUAAACAUGGCCUCCCAGAGUCUAAGCAUCCUCUCCACGAGUGUCACCAAGGCCACUUUAGAUCGUGUCGCCAAGAGUCUCACGGCGGAAACACAGGCCAUCUUCACCCGCUCCAUCCGAGACAAUAUGGUCGACAGCAUCCUGACAGAGAUCAGGCAGAAAUUUCCUCCAGAAAUUCUGUCUAUCAAAAUUGCAAACUUUGCACCAGUGUUGCUGAAGACCAUUGCUGAUGUAGCAAUGAUCCGGAUAUGUGAAAUGUUUGAGCCCCCUUCAAGUCUUCCUGAUGUGAAGAACACAAAUGAAGAACGCUCCUCUGACGGUCUUUCAAUGGCAAAUGUUCCACCAGCCGAAGGAUCUUUUUCAGAAGGUGUGCCAGAGCCUGAUGUUCCCUGUGAGGAACUUCUUCCUGAAAGUUCACCUAGUCUGAAGGCUGAAGACCUUACAAUUGAAGGAGCUCUUUCAGAAAGUGUGGCAGUGGCUGACGUUCCCUGUGAGGAACCCUUUGCCGAGUCCGAAUCCAGUGUUAACGGCAAAGAUCUUAAGAUCGAAGGAUCUCUUUCGGAAAUUGGGCCAGUUCCUGAUGUUCCAUGUGAGGAACCUUUUCCUGAACCCAAAUCCAGUAUGAAGUCUAAAGACCAUCAGAUCAAUAAUAAUAAGAAGAAAAGGGGCUUCUUCAAAAGACUUAAAAGUCUGUUCUGCUGUUGUUGCAGACCAAAAGACACUGACUGACAUUGAAACUGAAAUUGUCACCGUACUGGGUCUGUGACCCAGCACUGGUGUUCCAGUAACUAAAUAUGUAAAUUUGUUCCUUGAUGAUUGUUGUUCAUGUUUUGGGGGUUUCUUUAGUUUUCAGUGGGCUGGGUGUUUUUUCUUUCCCUUUGUGUUCUUUACUUAAUUCUUGUUCAUAGUUCCUGAUUUGUUUUCCUAGUUCUUGUUACUUAGUUUUUAGUUUUUUGAGUCCAGUUGAGUUUCUAUAUGAGUUUUGAGUUUUUGGUUUGUUUUUGUGACGUUCAUCUCUAAUGAAAAUGUUUUUCCAGCAAAUUUAAG